AUGACACUCCGCAAAGCUCCCGCCCUCGCCGGCCCCGCCAUGGAGCUUCCCCGGCGCACUUCGCCGCGGCAGUGGGCGGCAGACGCCGAGGGUGCGAUCCCGGAGAAGCUCAUCAAGCCAUGGAAGCUGCCUCCGCAGAACACCUACCUCUUUAUCAACGCAAACGUCGUGGAUGCCGCCAAAGGCCUCGUCAUUAAAAACACGACCGUCAAGAUCUCAAACGGCUUGAUUGAGAACGUUGGGGGGAGCCCAGCCGACAGCAGAGGCAACGAUGCCAUUGUGGUAGAUUUGCAGGGAAAAUACCUCUCCCCGGGUCUCAUCGACUGCCACGUCCACGUCAGCUCCGUGCCCGGCGAGGCCGGCCUCAACGGCGGCUUCGACAUGGACGCCACCGUCUCUCAUCUGCGGCAGUCUUUCGUCUGCGGUCGCAUCCUGAGCAAGGGCUUCACCACGGUCCGCGACACGGGCGGCGCAACUCUCGCGCUCAAGGAGGCAAUCCAGGACGGCGUCUUCCCCGGGCCUCGCCUGUUCAUCGCCAACCAGGCUCUCUCGCAGACGGGAGGCCACGGCGAUCGCAGAGGUGCCCACGAUCACUCGGGGCUGUGCUGCGGCGGCACGGCGGGACUCUCCAGCGUCGUAGACGGCGUGCCGGAGUGUAUCAGGGCGACGAGAGAGCAGCUCAGGACGGGGGCGGACUUUAUCAAGAUCAUGGUAGGCGGCGGCGUGGCGUCACCGACGGACAGGAUCGAGAACACGCAGUUUACGGCGGAUGAGAUCAAGGCCAUUAGCGAGGUCGCGCGGAGCUACGGUACCUGGGUUACGGCGCACGCAUAUACCCCGCGGGCGAUCCGCCACGCGGUCGAGAACGGCGUGACGGGCAUCGAGCACGGCAACUUCAUCGACAAGGAGACGGCGGAAUUCAUGGCCGAUAACGCCGUGUGGCUGACGCCUACGCUGGUCACGUACGACGCCAUGGGCUCCGACAAGUACAAGGGAUUCUUGCCCCCUGAGAACCAGCGCAAGAACCAGGAGGUCUUGGAAAGAGGUCUCGAGUCGUUGAAAAUUGCCGCCGCAGCGGGCGUGACCAUCUGUCAUGGAUCGGAUCUGCUCGGCCCCCUACAGGCUGAGCAGAGCAGGGAGUUUGGCAUCCGGCAGCAGGCUCUCGGCAAUAAGCAGGUGCUUCAAUCCGCCACGGUUAACGCCGCCAGGAUGCUUCGACAGGAGGAUGUGCUGGGGCAGGUGAAGGAGAAGUUCGUGGCGGACUUGCUGAUUCUCAACGGGAAUCCGCUGGACGACGUCUCAAUACUGGAUGAGCCGGAGAAGAACGUCUUGGCGGUGAUCAAGGAUGGCAGGGUCUACACGAGCCGAUGGAGCAAGCUUCCAGAAGACGUCAAGGAGCCACCGCGACUGAUUGAAUGA